AAAUAUUUCUUAUAAAAUAAGUUUUUCUUAAAAAUUUAGACAAAAUGGGAAGUCAAGAAGUUCAAAUGUCAUCAAAAAAUGCUGAUGAACACAGUGUUGAUACAUUGGCAGAAGUCUUUAGAUGUUUUAUUUGCAUGGAAAAAUUGAAAGAUGCACAUUUAUGUCCUCAUUGUAGUAAAUUAUGUUGUUACAUAUGUAUAAGGCGAUGGUUAACUGAGCAAAGAUCUCAAUGCCCACAUUGUCGAGCUGGACUUCGUCUUCAUGAAUUAGUAAAUUGUCGUUGGGUGGAAGAGGUUACUCAACAACUUGAUACAUUACAAGCUGUAAGUAUUUCUAAUUCAAGACUUGAGGAUUCUAUGAAAGAUAGAUGCUCUAUACAUCGUGAAAAGUUAACAGUUUUUUGUUGGACUUGUCAAAAAUGUAUUUGUCAUCAAUGUGCUCUUUGGGGUGGUACACAUUCUGGACAUAUUUUCAAACCACUUGAGGAAGUAUAUGAAAGUCAUGUUAUUCAAAUUAAAUCAGAAAUAGGACAGCUAAAACACAGGCUUAUGGAAUUAAUUACAUUUAUUCGAGAAGUAGAACAACAUAUAGAGUCUAUUAGAGCAGCAAAAGAUGAAAAAGUUAGAGAAAUUAGAAGUGUUGUAGAAUUAAUAAUUGCCCGUUUAGAUUCUCAGUUAAAAACAAAACUUUUAACUUUAAUGGGUCAAAAAAAUUCAUUAGCUAUUGAAACUCAACAGUUGGAAACAUUAUUACAAAAUAUUGAUGAACUAUUACAUUCGUCUUCUCGUUCUGAACUUAUUACACGUAGUACUGAAUGGUCACAUAUUGUAUAUCAAAUUUGUAAAAAACCUAUGACUAGUUUUAAAUUUGCUACAGUGCCAGCCGAUUUUCCAAAUGAAAUUGUACCAGGGUAUGAUAGCGCAACUUUUGCAUUGCAAAAUUUUUCUCAAUUGCAGUUAAAAGGAGAUCCAGUUUAUUCUGCACCUUUGCAUGUUAAUGGAUUAAGUUGGAGAUUGAAAGUUUAUCCAAAUGGUAAUGGAGUUGUUCAAGGAAAUUACUUAUCAGUAUUUUUAGAACUAAGUACUGGUUUACAAGAAACUUCUAAAUAUGAAUAUAAAGUAGAAAUGAUUCAUCAAGGAACACAAGAUACUAGUAAGACUAUUGUAAGAGAGUUUGCUUCCGACUUUGAAAUCGGUGAAUGUUGGGGUUAUAAUAGAUUUUUUAGAUUGGAUCUUCUAGCUACAGAAGGAUAUUUAAAUACAGAAUUAGAUACUUUAAUUUUAAGAUUUCAAGUACGGUCUCCAACGUUUUAUCAACGUUGCAGAGAUCAGCAAUGGUAUAUAAAUCAAUUAUUAACUAUUCAAAAUCAAUAUGCUACGCAAAUGAAUGAACUCAAAGAAAGACUGAUGAUAGAAAUCUCACGUAGUACUGCAAUAACUUCUGAAUAUGAUGCUAUAAUUGAAAAUUCAAAUACACAGCCAAAACAACAUAAUCAAAUUGCAGGAAAAUCUAAUGAUGCAGACACUCCUUGUUCAUUAAAAACUAAUCCAAUAAUCAUUCCAGAUUCCAAUUUUAUUCUUAGAAUCUUACAAAAUGACAUAUCUACUACAUAUUCUCCAAAUGAAGUUUGGAAAAUGGUGCCAUUAUGUGGUAUAGAUAAACUAACAAAUGUAAGUCCAAUUGGAUCAAUGUCUAGAUUAUCUUUUGUCUCAAAAGCAAAUAUCGAACAAUUUUCAAGCAUUUAUAACUGUACAAACAAGACUCAAUCAAAAAUUAAUGUUCAUGAUGUAUUAAAAGAAGGAAGUACUGAUGUAGAAAGUCAUUCACCCAAAUCUUUAGAUGUAUCAUUUUCUAUUUUUAAUUUACCAUACUCCAAUGCUUCAUCAAGCAUUCACAGUAGUGCAAGCGAGGAACUAAAUGAAUAUAAUUUGUAUAUGGAUGAAUGCAGCCACAUUGAAACUAAUUUAACAUUGUUAACCAAUCAUUUAAAUGACAAUGAUGCAGAUGAUGAAACUAUUUCUGGUGAAAAUGAUAUUGAUGUUGAAACUUUAGUCCCAGUGUUACAUAAUAAAGAAAGAAUAUGUCUAAAAAAUCUAGAAAUUCCCAAUAGUAUUAAUAGAAUAGAUAAUCAUGCGAAUCGUGAAUAUCGAAGUAUUAGAGAUAUCAUAACUUUUAAUGCUGAGGAUAAUAAAAAUGCCAGUCAAAAACAUUUAUCAACUAAUCAUCAAACAUAUCUGCCAACACCAAGUGAUACAAAUUGUUCUGGUAUUGAUAGUGAUAAGAUGAUAGAAUUCGAACAACUUCUGGAACAUAUGGAAUUUUUAACCACUGACGAUGUAGCUAUAUGUGUGGAUAAUCAAAGGCAACAGCGAUUAUUAAACAGAAAAUCUAAUAGCGACUCACGAAAUAUGAAAGUCCCUUUUUCCCUUACUGAAACUUUCAACUCUAAUGAAGUUCAUGAAGCAACGGAGUCGACGAAAAAUUUAUUACCGGUUUCUAUAUCGAGUUCAAAUAAUAACAAUUGUGUUCCGUCUCCUCGCCAUUAUAAAACUUCAAAGAAGAAAUAUUCAAGUACUUCAUUUCAAAUACCUUUUAAUCCAAGUGAAAAAUUGAAUAAAAAUAUUUCUAAUAAGUGAUAAUUAACAUUG